UCAUGCGUUUUCCAGGUCUUUUACUGUGAUUACACUGCUGAGCUUGCCAUUUUCAUAAUUCCGGUAUAAAUUUGGGAUUCCGAUGAACUUCAUUUGUAGAUGAAAGAUCUGUGAUUAAGGACUUAUCAUAUAGGAUUCUCAGAGUUCAGAGCCGGUAUAGUCGUGAGUCGUGAUAAACGAGGUGAAGUUUUAGAGCUUAUGGUAGAAGCGGCUUAAAAAGGGUUAUCAUACAGCAAAAUGAAGUUGAAGGUCGUGUGCUGGAAAGCAUAUAAUUAUGUUCGAUAUGAUUUGAAACAAAUUGCCUUCCCUUCAUCUUUGCCUGAUCCCCCUCAAAUUAAAAAGCGAAGAAAAUUAACUUGGAAGGAACGAUAUUAUAUUUUGAAGCAAGCAUCUAGGCUCUAUGCAGCAAGCUGGGUAAGGGAUAUCGGUCCCGAUCUUCGGCCAAAUGACUACAAAAAGGAUGAUGAGUUCACAGAUAAACGUGAUGGAGUAAAUACAACAACAAAAGAUAAAGAACCUUCCACAUUGGAGGAUCUUGCGGUUGCUGCCAGAGGGGGAAUGGAAACUCUAAGGCCUGCUUUACAACGUGUUUACAUGACAAGGGCAUCUUCUUAUAGGGAUGCUCUCAAGAGCUUCAUACAAGGGUAUCAAGAAGGCAUACAGCAAGUUAUGUCUGGGAAAGAUGACCCUAACUUUCAACAGCCGGAAGACCCCCCUAAGAGAUCUGAUUGAUCCUUUAUAAAAGGAUUAUAUUUAGUUAUUCUCAAAGAAACAAGAAAGUGAAACGUUUGACGUCAGUUGAUUAGUUAGAAAAGCUUUUGACCUCUAUAAGCGGUGUAUAGAAUACUUGUUCUUUUGAUCAAAUUAUGAAAACCUUGAUUGGGAAAUUCAGAAACAUUCCACUUGUUUUUGCCUUCCUCAUAGAGGCCAUCCAUUACUAAAUCUGAACCAUAAGAACAGUUGUCACACAGAGCUCCAGUGGAUUUUGCAGGUGGUACAGAGGCAUCGGGUUCGCAAUAUCAGUUGCAAAGAGUUACAGAAGCAUUGGAUUUUGCAGGUGGAAAGAUUUACCUCAGGCAAGUGAUUCGAGCAGGUGUGCAGUCAGAUACUCGAACGUGUAACAUUAUCAUCAUCAAUAUGUACUCCAAAUGCGGGAAUAGAGGUGAGUAUUUUCAUCGACGUCAUUAUCACGAUAGUAGUAGUUGCUGCUGUUGUUGUAAGAUUUCAUUUGUAUGUAUCGAAGGAUCAAUCCAAGUGGGUUAAGGAGGAGUGUUUUAAUGUUCGUGUGAAAAAUUCAACUCGCACAACAUCACCAGAUUCCUGCUGUUUUUUGAUUUGACAGUACUACUAUACCUCCUACUCGUAUCUUCAGUUUCUCUAA